AUGUGCGGGUCGAGUCCAUCAGCUCGACAUCCAUCGCGGGAAGGUAUUCUUCAAAUCAAGACUCUUAUCUGUUUAGCAGAUUGUAACCAGCCGAGCUACACAGGCACGUUCGGUCGAUCAGGUGUCCAGGUGUCAAAGAAAGGGGCUGAUGAGCCUUUGACGAUGGCGGAAGGACCAGGCAAGGCGGUGAACGGGUCUUCCGCAGCAGUAAUCGGUCAAGAAGCUCCUGCGACGAAAGACGACAAAGCCGCAGAGUACCUUGACACCUUCGCGCGCUAUUCGGAUCUUCCACCGUCUUCAGCUCCUCUAGGCUGCUUUCGAGGCACGCAGGAGCGCAUCAUCGACUGCUUUGCUCCGCACAUGCUGGCGGAAGUCAGCGACCCAGAGACAUUACAGGCUCUUCCCUACCUUCUUCCUCCACCGCAACAUCCUUCCGACUCUUCCGCAGCGUCUCUUUCAAGCAGUCGAGCGCUAUGGGGGCAGAGUCUCGAAUCGCGCACGUUCUUGCCCCCUUCGCCUGACGACGAGGUGAUCCCUGUCGAUCCGGACAUUGCUGCGAAGCUUGAGAGGUUUCUGGAACUCAAGCGGCAAGGGAUGCACUUCAACAAGUCGCUCAUGGAGACACACGCAUUCAAGAAUCCACACCUCUACUCCGGCCUCGUCUCUAUGCUGAGUAUCGACGAAGCAGCGUCUAAUCUGCCUUUCCUCGACACGGCUCGAUCCGAGCCGGGAUGGCGAAGAUUGUUCCCCUUCUCGGAAGAAAUGCUCAUCGAAGGCGAUCCAAUAGCGGCAUCCAACACGCAGUCACAAGAGGCCUUCGCGGCCCGUGAGGCCAAGAUCAACGCAAAGGGCAAAAGGACUAUCGACUUUGUCUCCUCCUCGACGUCUGCUUCUGACGAGUCGAGAAAGACAGCGCAGGCCGACAAACAAGCCAGGCUUGAUGAAUCCGCACAUGGCCGGUCCAAACGAGGCCGCUCGUCAUCUUCCCACCACAGCACGUCCGAUCGACAUCGGCGCUCUCGUGAAUACGCCGAAGCGAGACCGAAAGACCACUCGAAACGUCACUGA